AAAGCAUUUCCUGAUGGACCGAGGUGGCAGGAAGCGGGUAGGGAUCGCUUGUUAGGAAGGGGCAGCCAUGAGCCGACUGCGGGAGGAGGAUGACCCUUAUGUGAUCGAGGAGCCGAGCGAUGAGGAGCCGGCGCAGAGCAGCUCUGAGGAUGAAGUAGAUGUGCUUUUGCAUGGCACCCCUGAUCAGAAGCGCAAACUAAUAAGGGAAUGUCUGACCGGAGAAAGUGAAUCUUCAAGUGAAGAUGAAUUCCAAAAGGAAAUGGAAGCAGAACUGGACUCCACCAUGAAAAAUAUAGAGGGCAAGUGGAAAUCGCAGCUUACAGGCAGUACGUCAAAUGCUGGACAAUCUGGAACAGGUUCCCCUGCAAAGUACUACGAUGACAUUUAUUUUGAUUCUGAUUCAGAGGAUGAAGACAAAGUAGUUGCUCCAGAAGCCAAGAAAAAAAGGAAACAUCAGCAGCGCCGAAUUCCAACUAAUGAUGAGUUGUUCUAUGACCCAGAAGAAGACAACAGAGACCAGGCGUGGGUGGACAGGAAGAGACGGGGGUAUCAUAGGUUAAGAAGUCUUCACUCACAACAGCCACAAGCCAAACUUCCUGCCAUUCCCAGCAGUGACGCUGUUUUGAAUUGUCCGGCAUGCAUGACCACACUGUGCCUUGACUGCCAGAGGCACGAAUCGUACAGAACUCAGUACAGAGCAAUGUUUGUCAUGAAUUGCACCAUUAUCAAAGAAGAGAUUCUGAAAUACAAAGGCCCAUUGAACAAAAAGACAAAGAGAGGGCACAAGAAAAUUAAACAGAGUAGUGAAUCCAUUGCUAGUCUGGAAAAACAGGAAGAGGAGGAGAUAUAUCAUCCAGUAAAAUGUACUGAAUGUUCAACAGAAGUGGCUGUCUUAGAUAAGGAUGAAGUCUUUCAUUUUUUCAAUGUUCUAGCAAGCCACUGCUAAGAUGCAGCAUUUUGCAUUGGGUUAAGUUUGCAUAAAAUUCAAAAGCCAAUGACUGUUCUGUUUCAUUUGUACCAUCUAUUCAAAUACACAAUUAAUCUGAUGUGAAAUUAAAUCCUUGCCACACACCCUGUAUUGGUAAAGCAAGUGAACUUUAGUUAUGUACAUAGUUCAUGUUUUUAGAACAGUUUCUUAUGUAUAUAAAUAUUUUUAUCCUGCUAUUUAGAAUUAAAAUGUUCUGAUCUUGGGGGAAUUUGGACCAUAGUCUGUGGCGUGGCUGCCUGAUAAUGUUGUUAUAAGCAUUACUGUAAGAAACGAGCUUUAGUUUGUGUAAAUCAGUUAUUGGUAGCACUAAACUCUGUUCAAGACUU